UUUUUGAAUUUCAUAAUUUUUGUACUUAUGCACAUAAAGCAUUAUUGGAGUUACAAAUCAAGAAUUACACGCAAAAAUCCAAAGUUAUGCACAAAUCAAGAAAUUUGCAUGGACAAGUUAGGAAUACCCAAACACAAAUCAGAAGUUACACACAAAUCAAGGAUUACGUACGCGUAAAUCAGGGUGAUACUUAAUUCUCCUCAUACUUUUUUGCAGUUUUAGUUCUUUGAAUGACUCAGCUUGGAUUUGAACUCACAACCUUCCAGUCUCAGGGCGGACACUCCACCACAAGGCCACUAUUGUAAAAUUAUAUAUAAUGAUAUUAGACAUAGCUUUAUUAAUCCCUUUGGGACACACCCUGGGGUAAAUUAUAGCAUUAUGAAUAAUAUAUGAAUCUUCUAGAAAUGUAUUGCUAUGUAAUUUAUUAAGAAUCUAAUGGCUUUGCUAGGGGAGUGGCUUGACUGCACUCUUCUGUGGGAAAGAAAAUUGUCUGCUGGAUUUUAAACCUUUGGCAGAUGAAACACAAAAAAGGGAAAAAUUUCAGAAAGAUACGAUACAGAUGUGACAGUCCAAGGGAAAAGCCGUUUUGUAUGUUUCCUGCAGGGAAGCAGAGCCAUGGUGUCAUUUGUGCUUUCAGACCAUCAUCCUGCCCCAUUUAGACGGUUAGCAGCAUGUCGCUGUAGGAACAGAUUAGAGCAUCGCAGCUCCAAUGAGAAUCCUGCCUCCUCACCUGCCGGGUCAAAUUGGGUAAAGCGUUUGUGGACGUGCUCCAUUGGAUCAACUCUCCUACAGGGACCAUGCUGAGGCUGGGAUGCAUGCUGAUUUUUAAUCCCCUGAUGGGCACCUUUUGUCUGCAGAGUACACAGAAGGAAAUCUGCUUGUCUGCUGUAGGGAAGAUGUCAGACUCAGGGUUUACCUGCAGAGAAAGCAGUGUGAGCAGAGCACCAGGACUUUCUAGAGGGGGGGCGAGGCUCAAAGCUCUGGAAACACUGAAGUCUUGCAGGGUAAAAAGGCAGAGGGAUUUUGUUAAGAUAUGUGAAAGGGGUCAAUUGGAUUUGUGCUGGCAGUCGUCUUGAAAUAGCUCAGCGGGACCACAGAUGCUGAGCUACCAUGACCACCAUGCAGCAAUGCAGUGGCAGGAUGACUUCUGUGUUUCAUCGCUGAAACUAUGGGUCAAGCAGAGAGCGCAGCCGGCAAAGAAGUGACCCUUCAGAACAUCCAGGAGCUGUACCGCAGGUUUGCCAGUGAGUGUCCCAGUGGGAACCUGCACUUCCACGAGUUCAGGAGGAUCUUUGGGGUCAGCAGCAGCUCCACAGAAGAGAGUGCUUACAUGGAAAUUGUGUUCCGGUCCUUUGAUACCAACAAGGAUGGCAAAAUAGACUUCAUGGAGUAUGUGGCUGCUGUUAACCUGAUUCUUCGUGGGAAGCUGGAGGACAAACUGAGAUGGUCUUUCAAAGUGUAUGACAGAGAUGGAAAUGGCACCCUGAGCAGGGAGGAGGUUGGUCAUGUUGUUCAUAUCAUCAACAAUAUUAAGAAGCAUGAGGAUCCAAACAUUACAGAAAACGCAGAUGAAAUCUGUGACAGAAUGUUUCAACUGCUGGACAAGAACAGAGACAGUCAGAUUUCUUUAGAAGAAUUUAUUGAGGGGGCAGAAAAAGACCCGUGGCUGAUGGAGCACCUCAGAAUGGACAUCAGGCCCACCGAAUGGUUCAUUAGGCAUCACUCCUGACCCCCACAGCAGACUGCAGUGAUCCUCUGCCUUAUUCACGAAGUCCCACCUUUAUUACAGACGCAUUUUUGUAGCUCAGACUCCGGACUGGCCUGAUGAAGGCACAUUGUUGAGUCUUUUUUAUGGAGGAUAGUGGGGCUUUUAAGCCCAAUGAUGGAAUGGUGAACCCUCUAGUGUGUACCCCGCCUUCGCUUUUCUUUAGCUGAGUAUGGCCCCGCAACCCCUUGACCAAAACAGGAAUUUAGUGGGUUUAGAAGAUGGAGCAGUUAAGCUACCUGAGACCUGAGUCUUUAUACAUGAGGAUGACAUGGAGAUUUUAUCUGGAGUCAGGACUUUCACAGGGUUCUUCCUAAAGCCCUGCACAUCCCUCCGUCCCACAGCAGAGUACAUUCCUGCAGCACACUGCUCCUGAAAGUCCUGAUUCCUCACUGGGAACUGUCAGCAGCAUCAUGGCUCAUGAAAGGCUGCUUUUAGAUGUUUACACCUUCUGUUGGCAUGUUCCAGAGUGUCUUCUAGUAAAAGUGAAACUUAAAAUCAGGUAUACAAGAAAUUGUAUAUGUGACAUAGUAAAGCAAACUGACUGAAGAUGUAGAAGGGAGUGCUAGAAGAGGCCAACUAAAAAAAACAACAUUCAUGAGCACUUUCUAUUUUUUUCAAAAAGAGGAUUUCCAAAAAAGCAGUGGUAGAUGUUUACAGACCUAAAAACUGAUUAGCAGUUAUCUCUCACGUUAGCUUGUGCAGUAAAAACUUUCUACGUUUCCUGAUUGUAGCAUCAAUGACUCAUCCUGAUGAGAAAUUCACACUGUCUCUAUGUGUACUUUGUUGUAAGGUGAAGGCCUCCAUGCCAGCACAUGUAAACAUCAUUGAACUCCAGCUCUGUUAGCUCUUUAAAGAGACUGGAAACGUUUUGUUGCUGCUCCUGGAAAUGGGUCAAAAACUUAAAAGUUUCUCUUCGUGUCUUUGUUUUCCUUUUUUUUUUUUUUUUUUUUUACAGAUAAUGGAAGAAAUUUAAACAAAACUGUCAAAAUGUUUUCUGAAUUUGGAUGUUCUGUAGCAGAAAGUCUGUUAGAAUCCCAUUGACUGCAUCUGAGAACUGGACAACUUGACCCCUCCCCCAUUGUGUUCCAAACAGGAAGUACCUGCUGAUUCCAAGAAGCCAAACUCCCAUAGACUUUCACUGAUAAAUAAACAUCUGUUACUCAGUGUUUCUAUUUGUCACACUAACCAUUCUUGCUCUGGUAUGUGGUGAAAAAACUGUAAGAUGUGAUGGAAUAAAGAAAUAUUAUCAAACGG